AUGACGGACGACGCCAUCGAUUUCGUCUUCUCCCUCAUACUAGAUACAGAAAUUUAUCUCUGCGCAUUCGUACUGUUAACCUAUUUCACAACGAAGAAAAUUAAUAAAAUCAUUCAGUCCAAUUUUUACCAAAAUGACGCGCUCCUAAAUAGACUCUCAAAGCAUUUCUACAUAGUAGAUGUGAAGGCCUAUUUUAGCCCCCUGAAAUAUAUGUUUAAGACUGCACUAUAUCACACGUAUUAUUUUUCCUCCCUUUUAUUUUUAAUUUACUGGUUUAGACUGUACACAUGCUACAAACGAUGGAUUAAGUAUUAUUUCUUUUCCCUUUUCAACAUUUCCAUCGACCCUUCCCUGCUAUCUGAUGAUGAUGAUGAUUCUGAUGCCUACCACCAUGGAAGCGCGAGCGGAUUUGACAUUUCCUACGUGGUUGCCUUCAUCUUGGGAGUGAUUAUUUCGUUCAUUUAUUACAAGUACCUUUGUAGAGUGUUUAGAGGCAAGCACAAAUAUGUAACGUUGCAUAAAUCCAGUUUGCUGCACUACUGUUUUGAGCUAGCCAAAGUAAAUUUCAGGGAAUACGUAAAGGUGAAACCAAAGAAGGGGUCAAAAUUUAGGUUCGAUUUGGACACCAACAUUAAGGCACACUCCACAUUCAGUAAUGAGUCUACAACCACUAAAGGAAGCGGCACGGCAAGUGGAACGAGCGGAAACGCCCGUGCUGCUGGUAACGCCCGUGCUGCGGGUAGCACCACCACCCCCAGCGCAGCUGCUCCAAAGCCAAAGAGAAACAUCCUGUUCCGCAUUUUCAACAUCGUGUACGUUAAGAAGCACGUCCUCUACGAUGAGAAUGUACUGUAUGAAGAUCACCUGAAGAACAAGUGGCAGCCCCCCCAGAAGAACAAGGAAAGCUUCCGCUUAAUGCUCAUCAAGUUAAUGGAGAGGCUCGUCGAGGCACUCAUCAAUUCUAUUAAUGAAGAAAAGGGCGAGGCUGGAAAGGGUGCUUCCAGCAAAACGGGGCAAGCUGCUACCGGUCAGGCUGCCACUGGUCAGGCUGCCACUGGUCAGGCUGCCACUGGUCAAGCUCCCACCGGCCAAACUGCCACCAGUCAGGGGGAACCACAGACCGCCGCUGCGGGGGGGGCAACUCCGCAGGAAGGGGUGAAGCAACCGGUGGAUGGAGGAGUCGCAGCGGAGGAGAGGAAACCAGAGGAGGGAGAAGCCGCAACGGAGGAGAAGAAACCGGAUGGAGGAGAAGCCACUGCGGAGGAGAAACAACCAGAGGGCGAACCCACAGCACAGGAACAGUCGGGCCAACCCCCCGCUCAGGGACAAUCGAGCGAACCCCUCUCGCAGGAACAGUCGGGCCAACCCCCCGCGCAGGGACAAUCGGGCGAAUCCCCCCCCCAGGCACAGUCUGGCGAAACCCCCCCACAGGCACAGUCGGGCGAAACCCCUCCACAGGAGCAGCCGCAGGGAAAAGUCAACUCGACGAGCUUAGCACAGAUGAAGGGAGCAGCACUGAAUAGUGGUGAGACGUCGUACAAGGACAUAAACCUGUGCGAACUGGACUUAAACCCAUAUGACGUAUUUGUGUGCAACUCGCAUUACCAAUUUAAGAGCAUCCUGGAAGUGCUCAUGCUGCACAUCCCAAUAUAUUUCCUAUUCAAAAAUAAGCUCUACGUAAAAACGUGCUUCACAAUAGCCAUGUAUAUUGCCAAUUACCUGCUCUGGAACAUCAUCACCUUCCUAGCGAUGAUCAAGCCAUCCCUGUUCGUCUACUACUACGUACUGAAUGAGCACAUAAAUCAUAUCCUAACGGAGAGCAUCAAUGACCAAGAGAAGAACAUCAUUUUGCAUUUUUUCUACGGGUUCUUUUUUGCCUCCCUAAUAUAUUUAAAAUAUCAUUUUAAUAUGGAGUUUAAGCUGAUUAAGGUGGACCAUAUGAACCACUUCCACCGAUUGAUUAACAGAUGCAUAGCAGAGGCGAACAAAUUAAAGUCCAGAGGAAUAAUUAAAAAUUACGAGGCUAUGAAAAUUUUCCCCUUAUGUAUUGACUAUAAAAGUAAAGGGAUCUUAAUUGAUAGAGGACUGCUACGAACAGCUGCGGAAAUCGAGCUGGUCUUAAAACAAAGGAAAUUAAAAAAUGCAAAAAUAUGCUUUCGAAAUGUUAGGCAAAUUGCUAAACAUUGUGAUGAAGAUACUUCUUUGGAAUUGUUCAGACGACUGAAGUUUGUCCUUGUGAAUGAAUUGCCCCACCGAGUUGCACUAAACCUUUCCCUUAUGAUUUCGGAUGAAAUGUACGACAAAAUUAAAAGGAAUGCCAUCGAUUCGUCUUCUUCGGAACAGGAGAAGAAACACCCACCUGACUGCCUAUGCGAAACGCUCAAAAAAACUGCCAUUCAUGAUUUUAUAAAAGCGGCCAUGGGCGUUGACAAACCCAGUGCAGAUAAUGAACCUGCUGACCCGGGGAAAGAUUCCGCAAAUACGCCCGACAACAAGGGAGAUGCAAAAAAGAACAAAUGA